AUGACCCAGACCCUCAAGCUCGCUUCCAGAGUGUUCCAUCGCGUCCGCUGCCCUCCUGAGCUGGGCGCCUCACUGGGCUCCAGAGGCUCGGACUCAGCGCCCCGGGGCUUGGCGGACAUCCCAGGCCCCUCCACGCCGGGCUUCCUUGCUGAACUUUUCUGCAAGGGGGGACUGUCACGGCUACACGAGCUUCAGGUGCAGGGCGCCGCGCGCUUUGGGCCGGUGUGGUUGGCCAGCUUCGGGACGGUGCGCACUGUGUACGUGGCGACCCCUACACUCGUCGAGCAGCUGCUACGACAGGAGGGACCCCGGCCCGAACGCUGCAGCUUCUCACCCUGGGCGGAGCACCGUCGCCGCCGCCAGCGGGCUUGCGGACUGCUCACCGCGGAAGGCGAAGAAUGGCAGAGGCUCCGCAGCCUCCUGGCCCCGCUCCUCCUCCGGCCUCAGGCGGCCGCCCGCUAUGCCGGGACCCUGCACGACGUGGUCGGUGACCUUGUGAGGCGACUGCGGCGCCAGCGGGGACUGGGCGCUGGGCCGCCCGCCCUGGUUCGAGACGUGGCAGGAGAGUUUUACAAGUUUGGACUAGAAGGCAUCGCUGCGGUGCUGCUGGGUUCCCGCCUCGGCUGCCUGGAGGCCGAAGUGCCGCCAGACACAGAGACCUUCAUCCGCGCGGUGAGAUCGGUGUUUGUGUCCACACUGUUGACCAUGGCGAUGCCCGGUUGGCUGCACCGCCUCGUGCCCGGACCCUGGGACCGCCUCUGCCGAGACUGGGACCAGAUGUUUGCAUUUGCCCAGCAGCACGUGGAGCGGCGAGAGGCCGAAGUAGCCAUGAGGAGCCAGGGAAAGUCUGAGGGGGACACGGGAUUUGGGGCGCACCUGACCUACUUCCUGUUCCGGGAAGAGUUGCCUGCCCCGUCCAUCCUAGGGAAUGUGACGGAGCUGCUGCUAGCUGGAGUGGACACGGUGUCCAACACGCUCUCCUGGGCUCUGUAUGAACUUUCUCGGCACCCCGAAGUCCAGACGGCACUCCGUUCUGAGAUCACAGCUGCCUUGGGCCCCGGCUCCAGUGCCCACCCCUCAGCCACUGCUCUGUCGCAAAUGCCCCUGCUGAAGGCUGUGAUCAAGGAAGUGCUAAGACUGUACCCUGUGGUACCUGGAAAUUCCCGUGUCCCAGACAAAGACAUUUGUGUGGGUGAAUAUAUUAUCCCCAAAAAUACGCUGGUCACUCUGUGUCACUAUGCCACUUCAAGGGAUCCCGCCCAGUUCCCAGAGCCAAAUUCUUUUCGUCCAGCUCGCUGGCUAGGGGAUGGUCCAGCCUCCCACCCAUUUGCCUCUCUCCCCUUUGGCUUUGGCAAGCGCAGCUGCAUGGGGAGACGCCUGGCAGAGCUUGAGCUGCAAAUGGCUUUGGCCCAGAUCUUGAUCCACUUUGAGGUGCAGCCUGAGCCAGGUGCUGCCCCCGUCAGACCCAUGACCCGGACUGUCCUGGUACCUGAGAGAAGCAUCAACCUACAGUUUGUGGACAGAUAGUCCCGUGGAAGCACACUGUCAUCAUCACCGUUUCUCUCAUCAUAGGCGUUUAUCAGGCACAAGACCAAGAUAUGUGUAUUCCCCUGUGGCCUAUCUGACCAAACUGGUUAAAAGACCAUAGCAAAGUGCUUGAAGCAGCCCUGAUCGAGGUGUGAAAUAUGCACUUGGCCUGACCCAGCAAGCCCUGAGAAAACCAUGGUCCAUUUGCCUGCUUAGCCCUUCUGGUCAAAUCAUAUGCAUCCUUCAAGGGCCAGCUCUGAUUUUAACUAAUAAUGCUGGGUGGCCUGAGGAAGAAUUCGACCACUGGCCUUUUGGGGCUUCACAGUAUUCACUCUUGCUGCUGGCUAAGCACUUAUCAUGGCAUGAGCUAAGUAAUUGUGCAUCUGGUCUGCACCUGGUUGAUCCUCUCUCCUUGCAUGUGAGCUCUUUGAGAGGAAGGAUGAGGUCUUAUUCUGUCUUUAUACACCCUGCCAGGGCCUAUCCCUGACUGGUUGACACCAUAUCGAUUCUCAGAUUGUAUUUGGGCAAUGUGGCAGAAGGGAUAAGAGCUUACCAGGCUCUGUCUACCCUGCUCCUUUCUCAUCUUGCCCCUAGGAAGGUGAGUCUAUCCUCACCUGGUGUAUGAUUUUUAAAAAACUCUCCUUGGCUCUCUGGUCACUAUUAGGUUUGGCUUGUCCCACCACUUAGGUCACAGGCAGAGAUA